UUAUGACUGCUGUUGAGGGGGUGGCGCUCUCCGCAACCACUGACUUCUAUAUACAGUGUAUGUCCGCAACCAACUUUUAACGCCAUUUGUUUAGCUAGGAGGAAUUUAUCGUGCUUCAGUGUAGUAAACCCUCCAGAGACACAUUUUAGGAACAGCAGAGAACACUACUUUUCCAUCGUCGUCCUUCGGCGCGUAAAGGGCCCAACAUUUCUCACUGAAGACAUCCUUGCUAUGGCAGGGAUUUGAAAACCUCUCAUGGGCCCCUCUCCUGUGUUGAGCCAAUGGUUUGAUCACUGGGACCCAAAAUGAGCAUAAGCAGCGAUGAGGUUAACUUCCUGGUUUACAGAUAUCUGCAAGAGUCAGGCUUCUCCCACUCUGCAUUUACCUUUGGCAUAGAGAGCCACAUCAGCCAGUCCAACAUCAAUGGAGCCCUGGUGCCCCCUGCUGCCCUUAUAUCUAUCAUCCAGAAGGGUCUGCAGUAUGUGGAGGCUGAAGUCAGCAUCAAUGAGGAUGGGACAUUGUUUGAUGGGAGGCCCAUUGAGUCCUUGUCUCUGAUCGAUGCUGUGAUGCCAGAUGUGGUCCAAACCAGACAGCAGGCAUACAGGGACAAGAUGGCGGCGCAGCAGCAGGCAGCAGCUGGCAGUGGGACCCAGGGAAGCACCAAGAAUGGAGAGGGCACUGCAAAUGGUGAAGAAAAUGGAUCGCACACUUUAGCCAAUCACCAUUCAGAGGUGAUGGAGGUGGACAGGGAUGUGGAGAUUCCCCAGAGUAAAGCCAUGGUCCUGAGAGGCCAUGAAUCUGAAGUGUUCAUCUGUGCCUGGAACCCAGUCAAUGACCUGCUUGCAUCAGGGUCUGGGGACUCGACAGCUCGGAUCUGGAACUUGAGUGAGAACAGCUCAGGCGGGUCCACUCAGCUGGUUCUGAGGCACUGCAUUCGGGAAGGAGGCCAGGACGUACCCAGCAACAAAGACGUCACCUCACUCGACUGGAAUAGUGAAGGCACACUACUUGCCACAGGUUCAUAUGAUGGUUUUGCAAGAAUAUGGACAAAAGACGGUAACCUUGCAAGUACUUUAGGGCAGCACAAAGGGCCUAUAUUUGCACUCAAGUGGAAUAAGAAAGGAAACUUUAUUCUAAGUGCUGGUGUAGACAAGACAACAAUUAUCUGGGAUGCUCACACAGGAGAGGCAAAGCAGCAGUUUCCUUUCCACUCAGCUCCUGCCCUGGACGUAGACUGGCAAAGCAACAACACGUUUGCAUCAUGCAGCACAGACAUGUGCAUACAUGUUUGUAAACUGGGCCAGGACAGGCCCGUCAAGACCUUCCAGGGACACACUAAUGAGGUGAAUGCCAUAAAAUGGGAUCCCACUGGCAGUUUGCUGGCAUCUUGUUCUGAUGACAUGACACUGAAGAUCUGGAGUAUGAAACAGGACACAUGUGUUCAUGACCUCCAAGCUCACAGUAAAGAAAUCUAUACAAUCAAGUGGAGCCCCACAGGCCCUGGGACCAACAACCCUAGUGCCAACCUCAUGCUGGCCAGUGCGUCCUUUGACUCCACCGUUCGUCUGUGGGACGUAGAGAGGGGCGUGUGCAUCCACACUCUGACCCGGCACCAGGAGCCUGUCUACAGCGUGGCCUUCAGCCCUGAUGGACGCCACCUGGCCAGCGGCUCCUUUGACAAGUGUGUCCACAUCUGGAACACGCAGACGGGAGCAUUGGUCCACAGCUAUCGUGGAACCGGGGGCAUCUUUGAGGUUUGCUGGAACGCCACAGGAGACAAAGUAGGGGCCAGCGCGUCGGAUGGAUCUGUUUGUGUAUUAGACCUGAGAAAAUGACGAAGGUCUGGGGAACCAUGGACCGACUACGAAUGUGUACAUAGCCAAACCAACUGACUGCGCUGCCUGUACGUCACACUGCUGUAGUCCUAUCUGAGGCCAUGGUCUGGUUUUAAAGCCAAAUGGAAGCUCCCCCCCACAUACACUAAGGACUGAACUGCACCCGUUCACAUAGAUCAGACAAACAAGAGAAAGGUGUGUAUGGACUCAUUGAAACAAACUCCAAAAAACCAAAUCACACUUGGAUCUUUCAUAAAACUUGAAUGACUUUUUUUUAGUUAAUGUGUGCAUAUUACAUAAAUCAACACUGUCCUGUAAACAUUGUUUUGUAGAAUUUGGAUUUUACGCAACUUUUGUCAUCUGGUGUUGGAGAGAAGUACUUAAGCUCAAAGAAAUGUAUUGUAGAGCUCUCAGAAUGAAGUUUGUCAGAUGUAAUAUUCAGGUGGUCCCUCUGUAGUAGACAAUAUGGAGUUAAUGGUAAAGUGUCCUAUGCGCAACAUGUAUCCUCAAGCGUCAGAAAUGGUGUUGGACAUCAGGUUCUGUGAGUAAACUCAGUGGUGAUGGGGGCCUCAGGGUAGAGGCUGUGCGGUCACAAGCGCUGUCCUGAACUGAUGCAAAGUGAACAGGUCCCGGAUACAAGGCCGUCACAGCAUCUGAGCAACCUCAUGUUGUCAUCAGUGUGCUUAUUUCCUCAAUAGCUGAAUGAUAAUCAGACUGAGCUGCUCCAUUGUGUCCUGUUCUCAGGCUUGGUCAUUAAACAUCAGACAGGUUGCUUUCUUACAUGUUGCGGUGUGGAUGGCUUAAGCUUAUUUUGUUUUUGUUAAGUCCACAGCUUUCACGCUUGGCGUGGCACUGCUGCUCCUGCUUUGGUUGGCCGUGCUAGUCAGGUGGCUGCAGUCCCUCGUGCUCUCUGCAAAAGGCUCGGGUCAGGCCUAUGCACAGACAGCACUGCUUUUGUGUAUAGUUUUUGGACUUGCUGUUUUUAAAGCAGGUCAGUGCUGUUUGUCUGACAGGGUGAAACUGACCUGCCGCGUGUGACUUGAUGUAACAUGGUUAUCUACAUACUAAUGAUAUAUAUGCUAGCACAGCAACCUAUUCUGUACUCCACUCGUGUGGUUUAAGGACGGCUGGAAAAACAAAAGGCUUGUUCUUUUGCAUCACCUGAAGUUGCAAUGAGGGAGUGGCUUUUAGUUAUAAAAUACCAUUGUACAGUCAUAGCCAGAAUGAGGCUUCUUUUUGCACUUUAGACCAAAAUGGAGAAACAGGGAGAAGUGUUAAUAAGCCAUCACACAUUUAAUCCUCUCUGUGCUUCAGUCUCCUACAGCAGCUUCAUGUCCCUGCAUCCCGCUCAAUCUAAGAUUCUGUUCUGAAUGUCACUCCUGUUAAACAUUUUAUUUACAACAUUCAUAGUUCUUCUCUAAUGCAGCAAUUGGACUGUACUACAAAGACACUAUUACAAAUGAUGUCUAUGACAGUCGAAUGGUAUUUUAUAAUACAUUGUUUUUAGAUAAAAAAAAAAAAAAAGCUUUUUACACUUUAUUCAAGUGUUUUUUGCUGUCUUUAUGUUUCAACUGAAAGUACUAAUGUUAAAUAUAUCUUUGCUACGCCAGAGAGCCCUUCAAGGUUUUGUAUUUCUCCAAACUUUUGUAAUUCCACUUUAUUUGUAGCUAUCAAUUCAAACUAUCAAAAAUAAAAUGUGAUGUAUGAUAACAUGUAAAUAUCAAUUUGGAACCUUUUGUGUUGUCUUCGCCCUCAUCUUUGUUGUACACAGCUGCAGUGUGCAGCUUUCUGAUCUCAAGAUCUAGAAUAAAAAUUAUUUUGAUAAGA